AUGUCUACUGCUCUGCUCAAGGGUACCGCCUUCAUCACCGGCGCCGCAUCCGGCAUUGGUCGGGCCACCGCCUUCGCCUUUGCGCGCCAUGGCAUCGAGAACCUCGCGCUGGCCGACGUCGACAUCGGCACUCUGCAGGCAUCCAGCAAGGCCCUGAGCGAGCAGUUUCCCCACGUCCAGGUGCUCGAGCUGCAGCUCGACGUCGCCCAGGCCGCUGCCGUCCACGCUGCCAUCGCCACCGUCGUCGACCGCUUCGGCCGCCUCGACAUUGCCGUCAACAACGCCGGCAUCAGCGGCAGCGGCCGGAAGACCCAUGAGGUCGACGAAGCCGAGUGGCGCCGCGUCAUCAACGUCGACCUGGACGGUGUUUGGCGCUGCCAGAAGGAGGAGCUGGUCGUCAUGUUGAAGCAGGAAGACCUCGGCCCUCGCAUCGGUCGCGGCCGCAUCAUCAACACCUCGUCCAUGUACGGCGUUGUCGGGAUGUUCGACCUGGCCCAGACGGCCUACUCGACGGCCAAGCACGGCGUCAUCGGCCUCACCCGCUCUGACGCAAACGCCUACGGCCCCAUGGGCAUCCGCCUGAACUGCAUCUGUCCAGGAUUCAUUCGCACCCCGUUGCUGGAAAAUGUUCCCGGCGAUUCACCCAUCAUGAAGGAUGUCGAGCGAUCGGCCCUGAGGCGCAUGGGCCAGCCAGAGGAGAUUGCCGAUGCUAUCACCUUCCUGGCCUCGCCCAUGAGCAGCUUUGUGCAGGGCGCCAGCAUGGUCGUCGAUGGCGGCUUUACUACGCAGUGA